AUGGCUGACAGCAGCAGCCCUCCGUUAUCAUCCUACAUCAUGGAUGAGGAAACUCUGAAGAGAAAACAGAAGGAGAAGUUAAAGAAGCUGAUGGCCACAGGAGGAAACCCGAGGCCUGCACGCUCUCUUCUCUUCUUGACUCUACGGAAUCCCUUCCGCAGGGCAUGCAUCAGUAUUGUGGAGUGGAAACCUUUUGAAAUCAUCAUCCUGCUGGCCAUCUUUGCCAACUGUGUGGCCCUGGCUGUGUACUUGCCAAUGCCUGAGGAAGACAGCAACAAUACCAACAGCAACUUGGAAAGCCUGGAAUAUAUCUUCCUCAUCAUCUUCUCUAUCGAGUGUUUCCUGAAGAUUGUUGCCUAUGGGUUUCUUUUUCAUGCUGACGCAUAUUUAAGAAACUGCUGGAACAUUCUGGACUUUGUUUGUGUAUCUGUAGGGCUGUUUACUGUGGUAGUGGAUGCCAUUAACCAUAUCAGUGGAGUGGAGGCUCCAGUAGGAGAAAAAGGAGGUGGCUUUGACAUGAAAGCUCUGCGGGCGUUCAGAGUCCUCAGACCACUCAGACUGGUCUCUGGAGUCCCCAGCCUUCAAGUGGUGAUGAACUCCAUCCUAAAGUCCAUGCUCCCUCUGUUCCACAUCACCUUACUGGUCUUCUUCAUGGUCACCAUAUACUCCAUCAUGGCACUGGAGCUCUUCAAGUGCAAAAUGCAUAAAACCUGCUACUACACAGGCACAGACAUCAUUGCUACAGUAGAAAAUGAGAAGCCAGCUCCAUGUGCCCAAGCAGGAAAUGGCCGUCGCUGUACCAUCAAUGGCACCGAGUGUCGAGCUGGAUGGCCCGGCCCAAACCAUGGAAUUACACACUUUGACAACCUGGGCUUUUCCAUGCUGACUGUCUAUCAAUGUAUCACCACUCAAGGGUGGACCGACGUCCUCUACUGGGUGAAUGAUGCCAUAGGAAUGGAAUGGCCAUGGAUAUUUUUCACCUCACUCAUCCUGGUGGGCUCCUUCUUCGUGCUCAACUUGGUUCUGGGUGUGCUGAGUGGUGAGUUCACAAAAGAGCGAGAGAAAGCCAAGUCCCGUGGAGAAUUUCAGAAGCUCCGGGAAACCCAGCAAUUGGAUGAAGAUCUGAAGGGCUACAUGGAGUGGAUCACUCAGGCUGAAGUCAUAGAUAAUGACCAGGAGAGACAGGGCUUGCUACCGAUGGAAAAUGGAGGAUCAGAAAACGGAAAUGUCACCAAAAUGGACACGAUGCAGAUGAUCAUCUAUUACUAUAAGCUGGCUCGUAAGUGGAACCGUUUGUUACGCCGUAAAUGCAGAGCAUACGUGAAGUCCAAACUGUUCUACUGGUGGGUGAUCAUGCUGGUCUUCUUCAACACACUGGCCAUUGCAACGGAACAUCACAAACAAUCGCAGAGACUCACAAACUGGCAAGACAAUGCCAAUAAGCUGCUGCUGUCCAUGUUUGCCCUGGAGAUGUUCAUGAAGAUGUACGCUCUAGGAAUACCCUCCUACUUCAUGUCUCUCUUCAACCGCUUUGACUGCUUCGUGGUGUCCACUGGUAUUAUGGAGCUCAUCCUGGUUCAUAUGGGUGUCAUGUCCGUCAUGGGCAUCUCUGUGCUGCGCUGCAUACGACUGCUCCGCCUGCUCAAAGUCACCAGAUACUGGACAUCUCUCAGUAACCUGGUGGCUUCCCUUUUGAACUCAGUCCGCUCUAUUGCCUGCUUGUUGCUGCUCCUUUUCCUUUUCAUUGUCAUCUUCUCCCUGCUGGGCAUGCAGGUGUUUGGUGGAAAGUUCAACUUUCCCAGCCAACCCAAACCACGCAGUACCUUUGACAGCUUCCCUCAGGCUCUCAUCACAGUGUUCCAGAUACUGACGGGUGAGGACUGGAAUGCUGUCAUGUAUGACGGCAUCAUGGCUCACGGAGGACCCAGCAUGCCUGGGAUCCUCGUCAGCAUCUACUUCAUCAUUCUCUUUGUUUGUGGAAAUUUCAUCCUCCUAAACGUCUUCCUGGCCAUCGCUGUUGAUAACUUGGCAGAAGCCGAGUCUUUGACUUUGGCACAGAAAGAGAAAGCAGAAGAAAAAAAACGCAAGAAAGCACUCAGGGCUAACAUGCCUGACAAGGCCUCAGAGGAGAAAUCCAAUCUGGCUAAAAAGUUGGCUGAGCAAAGGGCUAAGGGUGUAGAGGGCAUCCCUACUACUGCCAAGCUCAAAAUUGAUGAGUUUGAGUCUAAUGUGAAUGAGAUCAAAGACCCUUUCCCUCCUGCAGACUUUCCUGGUGAUGAUGAGGAGGAGGACCCCGAAAUGCCAGAGAGCCCCAGACCCCGUCCAAUGGCAGAUCUGCAACUGAAGGAGGAGGCAGUGCCGAUGCCAGAGGCCAGCUCAUUUUUCAUCUUUGGACCUCAGAACAAGUUUCGGAAGCUCUGCCAUCGUAUUAUCAAUGCCACUACUUUCACCAACAUCAUCCUCCUCUUCAUCCUGCUGUCGUCUAUUUCUCUAGCUGCUGAGGAUCCCAUUGACCCGGUGUCUUUCAGGAACCAGGUGCUGGCCUACGCUGAUAUAGUCUUCACCUCUGUGUUCACUGCAGAAAUUGUGCUCAAGAUGACAACCUACGGUGCCAUUCUUCAUAAAGGGUCUUUCUGCCGGAAUUCUUUCAACAUCUUGGAUCUUCUGGUCGUCAGUGUGUCUCUCCUCUCAAUGGGCAUGGAGUCGAGUGCCAUCUCCGUGGUGAAGAUUCUCAGGGUGUUGAGGGUCCUCCGGCCCCUCAGGGCUAUCAACAGAGCCAAAGGACUCAAGCAUGUGGUUCAGUGUGUGUUUGUUGCCGUCAAGACCAUUGGAAAUAUCGUACUGGUCACCAUGCUGCUGGACUUCAUGUUUGCCUGCAUUGGAGUCCAACUUUUCAAAGGAAAAUUCUACGCCUGCACAGAUCCAGACAAAAUGACUGAGGAAGCAUGCAAAGGCUGGUAUAUAAAGUACCAGGAAGGAGCGCUUCACGAAAUGGAAGUCCGUGAGAGAGAAUGGACCAACUCCGAACUAAACUUUGACAACAUCCUCAAUGGCAUGCUGGCUCUCUUCACCAUUUCUACCUUUGAAGGAUGGCCAAAGCUGCUAUAUAAAGCCAUUGAUUCGAAUUUAGAGGACACAGGCCCAGUGUACAACAACAGAGUGGCCAUCUCAGUCUUCUUCAUCAUCUACCUCAUCCUCAUCGCCUUCUUCAUGAUGAAUAUCUUUGUGGGCUUCGUCAUCGUCACCUUUCAGGAGCAAGGAGAGCAGGAGUACAAAAACUGUGAGCUGGACAAGAAUCAGCGCCAGUGUGUGCAGUACGCUCUCAAGGCUCGACCACUUCGCUGUUACAUUCCCAAAAACCCCUACCAGUACCAGGUGUGGUACAUCGUCACCUCCUGCUACUUUGAGUACCUCAUGUUCCUCCUUAUCAUGCUCAACACCAUGUGUCUGGGAAUGCAGCACUGCAAACAGUCAGAACAUGUCACCCACCUCUCUGACAUGCUGAAUGUGAUCUUCACUGUGCUCUUCACUGUGGAGAUGAUCCUUAAACUCAUGGCCUUCAAGGCUAAGGGUUACUUUGGAGACCCCUGGAACAUCUUUGACUUUGUCAUCGUCAUUGGAAGUGUUGUGGACGUGAUCCUCAGUGAAAUUAAUGCAGCACUGGAGUCCUCUGGAGGACUUUACUGUCUCCGUGGUUGUGCUCCAGUGGAUCCCAUGCAAGCCAUUGCGUCUUCUGAGAACAUGAGUGUGUCAAUCACAUUCUUCAGACUGUUUCGCGUAAUGCGUCUGGUGAAGCUUUUGAACCGAUCUGAGGGCAUCCGAAAUCUUCUGUGGACCUUCAUCAAAUCCCUUCAGGCUCUUCCUUAUGUUGCCCUGCUCAUUCUAAUGCUGUUCUUUAUAUAUGCUGUGGUUGGAAUGCAGAUAUUUGGUAAAAUUGCGUUGGUUGAUGGCACAUACAUAAACAGAAACAACAACUUCCAGACAUUCCCACAGGCUGUGCUGCUGUUAUUCAGAUGUGCUACAGGGGAGGCGUGGCAUGAAGUCAUGUUAGCGUCUAUGUACGGGAAGAAGUGUGACCCUAAGUCGGACUACCUGUCUGGGGAAGAGUACACCUGUGGAUCCAACUUUGCCAUCAUCUACUUCAUGAGUUUCUACAUGCUCUGUGCUUUUCUGAUCAUCAACCUGUUUGUGGCUGUCAUCAUGGAUAAUUUUGACUACUUGACACGUGAUUGGUCUAUUCUCGGCCCUCAGCACUUGGAUGAGUUUAAGAAAAUCUGGGCAGAAUAUGAUCCUGAAGCCACGGGACGUAUUAAGCAUCUUGAUGUUGUGACACUCCUACGGAGAAUACCUCCUCCUUUAGGUUUUGGCAAGUUCUGUCCCCAUCGCAUUGCCUGCAAGAGGCUCGUCUCCAUGAACAUGCCUCUUAACAGUGAUGGAACAGUCACCUUCAAUGCCACACUGUUUGCCCUGGUCAGAACUGCACUGAAAAUAAAGACAGAAGGCAAUUUUGAACAAGCCAAUGAGGAUUUAAGGGCGAUUAUCAAGAAGAUCUGGAAGCGUACCAGUAUGAAACUCCUGGAUCAAGUCAUUCCACCUAUAGGAGAUGACGAGGUGACAGUGGGAAAGUUCUAUGCCACUUUCCUAAUCCAAGAUUAUUUUAGAAAACUGAAGAAGAGACAGGAGGAGUACUAUGGCUAUCAUCCAACCAAGAAAAGUGCCUCCAAUGAGAUACAGGCAGGACUGAGGAACAUCGAGGAGGAGGCAGCUCCAGAGCUCCACAGGACCAUUUCUGGAGACCUAAUUACUGAGGAGGAGCUGGACCGAGGAGUGGAGGGCAUCUUAAGGAGGCAGGGUAGUCUUUUUGAGAACCACUCAGACCCUUUCGCUGAAGUGGGUGAUAUUGCCGGUCAGGCGACUAGCCAGCGCCCUCUGCAGAUGGCAGAAGGAAUCCUUAACAACGGCAACACAAGCCACAGCCAAUAUUAACUUCACUUUGGAACAACUGGCCUUCAUCAUGGAUGUCCGUGAAAAUACUUCAAACCACAGAACUUUGACUUCAACAAAAUGGAGAGUGCAGAAGCUUUUCAGCCCCUGUGAAGAUGGACUGAUGAGCCCAUGUGCACUCUGUAGAACAAUAAGCCUGGGUCCAGGAGGAAAUACUGUCAUACCACAAAACAGUAUUACGUCUAAAAAUUUCUAAUUAUUCUACAGGUUUUAUUUUCUUGCCCUCAUUCUGUUAUAGUACUGAUUUUAAAAAAAACAGAGUUGGUCAAAAUAUAUUUAUUUCAUACAAAAUAUUUCAUGCAAAUUAUGUUUUAGACUUUUUAGUAAAUUCUUCUUUUUGUCUGUGUGUUUGGAUCCAAUGAUGUACUUGAACUGAUCAGUUCCGUUCUGUUUUAGGAUCAGUGCAACAACCUGUACCCCUGAUCUCCACAUGUUAGGAGCUGAUGAACUCUUCCUGCCAGAUACACUUAGCCUACACAAUACAACAUUAAGCAUCAUUUGAACUGUGGAAUUUUGAAUUCUUGUCCAAUAUUCACUCCUUUUAGGCUUUUCUGGUUACUAGCAACAUCUGAGGGGAACAUGUGGAUCAAGUUAGCUAAUGGUAAUUACUCAUUUACUACCAUGUGGCCUGGCGACCUCAUGAGGCUGGAAUGCAGAAAUCAUUUUAAGAAAAAUUCACAAUACAGCAAUUUGUGUGCAAAUGAGUAAAACACACCAAAAAGUACUUAAACUAGGUUUCUUCGGUGUUCCUUUUGGAGUAUUGUGAAAUGUUCUUAAGCUGAACAAUCUUGUCUGUGUGUUUUGCAGCGACUAGUUACCUGCCUUUGAAUGUAUUUCAGCUGUCACCAGACACUGACACAUACAUGCGGUACUUGUAUGAACACCCACAUCCUAAAAUAAUCUCUUCUCACUUUCACUGUAAUGAUGGUGGAAAAUUUUGUAUUACAACUUCUUAAAAAAGAAUCACUCUCUACGCACACUGCUUCCUGCAAGAUACCCACUAUCAGACCAUAUAGUUUGGUGAUUUUCUUGUGGAAUCUCAAGAUCUAUUUUCCCUACAACAAAAAAAUAAAUUUCAGUGUCUGUUUUUGUUUCAUGUCUUUCAUCCCAAAACAAUCCAUAAUUUCACGUUACCUUUCCCUGACCUGUGUAUAAUAACUGAAGCAAAUAACAAAGAAGUGUAUUUUGCAAAUCAUGUAAAUUGCCUUACUUGUUUCAUACAGACCAUUACAUAAAACCAAGACAGUCCUGGUCUCCCAAACUGUAAGGGAGAUAUUCAGAAUCUACUUGGUUCUGUGUUAUCAUCAGAUCCACACAGAGUGUCGGUCAGAACACCACCAGAGACCAGUUUCUCCACAGUAUAGGAAGAAAAAAGCACUUGAGACUUGGUUGAUUGUUAAUUUAUUUGUGGUCGUGGUUUUCUACAAGGAAAUGAAAUAAUAAACAUAUCUUAAUAACUUAAA